AUGCCGUCUGGCUCACUGGCCAGUGCAAAGUUUCUACAGCUAUACGAAUCACUUCCACCUGAUGCACAGCACGCUCUCGUCGAGAGUUCCCUUGCACCACUUCUCAAUGUCAUCUCCAAAGACAAAUCAAACCGUACUCUUGCAUCAGCAGCCCGCAUGCACAAAACCUAUGCCGACAUGCCAACUUUGAACCUCAAAGCAAAAAAAUUGGAGAUCGCUGCACUUCUCGACGAACUCGCUCGUGACAACAAACGAUCAUAUGUGAAAGAAAAGUCUCGCAAAGAAGAACUCCUCGCAGAAGUCAUCGACAGCGUUAUCGACUGGCUCAAUGAUAUUUGGAGAGUCGUCUAUGAAUACGGUACAAAUUUCUCAAAGGCCCAUGCUUGUCUCUUGUACGCGUCUCAAGCGGUCGAACAGAUCGGAAACGCGCGCGUCGGGUGCAAGUGUUCUUUCAUGAAUAUGUACAUCUCCGUAAAAAUAAGACGCUCCUCUGGCAAGGUCGUCAAGUCUUUCCAUUUCACUGGCGCGCAUAACCUUGAGCGUGUCAUGCUUUGGAUUUGGCGUGACCUGUUUGUGGUCAUGCUUGCCGAUGGCACUAAGCGCCAGAAGGCCGCUAUACCUGAUAUGCUCGACGAUAUACGCGUCGAACAUGGCUGGAAAGCCCUCGAGCGAUUACUCUACGGUGGUCGAAAAGCCGAUGAAGACGAAGACGAAGAUGAAGGCCUUGAUGACGAUAUCGAUUAUGACGAUGACCACAGCGAAGACUACACCGACACUGAUGGCAGCUCCAACGGUGCCGCAUGCAGCGAUGCUCAAUGUCCCUGUGGAUUCCACGCAUCUCAUUGGUCUCACAAACUCAAUAACGUUCGCAUCUCCCUGCGCGAUCUCAUUCGCACCUUCCUCAUCUCCCUCUUCUCCACUAUGCCCAGCCCGGCUCUCUUCGCAAGUAUUGGCGACAUAUCCGAAGCAGAUGGAAUAGACGAGGACGAACUUUGCGAAGAGCUCCUCCCCGCACUCAUGUGUGUCGCCACCUACAGCUCCGAGAAUUAUGCCGCUGCAUUGCAUAUCUGCGCGCUGCAUGCCCACGCAGAUAAUAUCAAUAGCUUACUCAACAGCCACGCCCACCUUCUGCGUCCUCGUGACGCGCCAGCACAUCAGCUUUCAACCAUAAUUCUUGCCUCAAAACCGUUCUACCAGUUAAAUGCACUGCGUAUCCUCGAGAAAGAACUGCUCGACACGGCACAUGCCAUACGCGCCGCCGUACGGAGCGCAUUUUGCCAUAUUGAUGUUCAGGCCAAUAAGACGGAGCUAACCGAGAUACUUGCAUUACGCCAGGAGGCACUGGGGCGACGCGGACGGAUUGAGCGCUGGGUGGGUGCUGUGGUGACGCCCUCCAGUGACAGCACCCAUCCGAUGGCACUUGCGGCGCUUAUGAUGGGUCUUCCUCUCCCACCUGGGAUGGAAGGGGCUAUGGAUGACGCGGACCCGCUCGGGUACAUUGACUUGGAGAUUGAUGAUCCGGAGCUAGAUGACCUGCGGGAGGAGUUCCGACCAAACCUCAAGGCACGCCUCGAUGGUUGGAUAGCGGCAGGCCGGACAAUAAAGGGAGGAAUGGCAGUGCUACUGAAUGUGUAUACUGUCAUCCUGGAGAUGAUGCCCUUCAUGGGUGUGCAGGACAUAGUAGAUGAGAUGACAGGACGGCUCUCCGACAAACCAAGCAAAAUAUUCCUCAUCGAUGCGCUUGAAGCACUGUGGGAGUUCUGCAGGCAGCAGAAACGCAAGUUUACGAAGCCAAAAAACAAGCAAAAGCCGUCCUCUGCCCCGGGCACAUCUCAAACGCCGGGACAGUCAAGUACUUCUGGGGGAGUCACGUUCGUCACGAUAAAUAAUCCGCAGCCUCGUCCGGGUGGAGGGAUGGAUGAUGUCGAUUGA